AUGUGGUUGCCGGUGCAUGUGCCUCUCUUGCUGGUGUUUGGAGUUAGUUUGUCCCUCCCACAUGGAAGCCUUGGCACAGACUCAUCGUCACUCCGGGGAGUGGACGCUGACACUGAAAAGCGGAUUAAUGUCGGGAAGACACACCUGCAGACCCUCCGAAAUCUGGAAACUCGGUGCCACGAUUCCUUGCAAGCACUUGUUGUAAUCGAUGCAGGCAGUAGUUCGACGAGGACGAAUGUUUUCUUGGCGAAAACCCGGUCAUGUCCAAAUAGAGGCCGUAGCAUUGACCCAGACAGUAUUCGACUCAUCCGCGAGGGUAAACGGUUCACAGGACUUCGUGUAGUUUUAGAAGAGUGGCUGGACACUUACGCUGGAAAGGACUGGGAGUCGAGGCCCGUUGAUGCCAGACUUCUCUUCCAGUACGUCCCUCAGAUGCACGAGGGGGCGAAGAAACUCAUGCAACUCUUGGAAGAAGACACGGUUGCCAUUUUGGACUCACAGCUCAAUGAGGAACAAAAGGUCCAGGUCAAGGCGUUGGGCAUUCCAGUAAUGCUUUGCAGCACAGCAGGAGUUCGCGACUUCCACGAAUGGUACCGCGACGCCCUCUUUGUCCUUUUGCGUCACCUCAUCAACAAUCCGUCGCCUGCACACGGAUACAAAUUCUUCACCAAUCCUUUCUGGACACGACCGAUCACAGGAGCUGAGGAAGGCCUCUUCGCGUUUAUCACGCUCAACCACCUGUCCAGACGGCUAGGCGAAGACCCAGCUAGGUGCAUGAUUGAUGAAUACGGGGUGAAGCAUUGCCGCAAUGACCUUGCUGGCGUGGUCGAGGUUGGGGGUGCUUCUGCUCAAAUUGUCUUUCCACUACAGGAAGGUACCGUCCUGCCCUCUUCGGUCCGUGCCGUCAACCUGCAGCGCGAACGCCUUCUCCCAGAACGUUAUCCAAGUGCCGACGUCGUGUCAGUUUCGUUUAUGCAGCUGGGUAGGCCAGUCCGCAGGA